AUGACACUUGUGCUGUUCACCGUUGCGCUCGUAGGGGUGGCAUUCUGUAGCCCUGUCAGCCGCUAUAUUUCAAAUGGACCUGCUAUCAUCGAUGGAGAUAGCUCUAUCUCACUUGGUGGAGCCAUUAUUGACGAUUACGAGGCUGUUAUGGUUGACCCUACUAUUGUCGAUGACAGUAGCUCAAUCUAUGUUGGGCCCCCAAUCAUCGUUAACAAUCCCCCAAUCUCCGUUGCUCCUGCAAUUAUUGAUGAAACUAGCCCUAUCUCAGUAGGUCCUGCAUUCUUCAAUGAAAAUAUGUCUGUUGGACCAGCCAAUAUCGAAGGUGCUAUAUCCGGUGAUGGGGCAGUUGGGCAUACGCUAUACCAAUUCAUUAUAAAUAUCGGUGAAAUGAAUGUACGUGGAGCCAAUAUGGUAGCUGAUGAUGAAACUGGCCCUAUCUCUGUAGGCCCCGCAAUUGUCGAUGAUACUAGCCCUAUCUUAGUAGGCCCCGCCAUCGUCGAUGAAACUAGCCCUAUAUCAGUAGGCCCCGCGAUUGUCGAUGAUACAAACUCUAUUUCUGUUGGCCCCGCAAUCAUUGAUGAAAGCCCCGCUUUCGACAGAUCCGGCCCUAUGACUGCCGGAAACGCAAAGGUUGUAGGAGCCAUAUCUGGUAAAAAAGCAAUUGGACAUACACUGUGCCAAUUUAUCAUAAACGUGGACAAAGUAAAUACAGAUGAAAGAUUUUUGGAUCUUUCUCAAUUUCCAUUAUCUAGAAUUAACUGUGAUAAUAUUGUUGAUAAAUGGGGUCCCCAAUAA